GGGAGUGUGGAGGUGUGCACAUACAUGUAGGUGUGUGCAUGCACAUGCACACAAGGGUGUGCGCACACACGUGCCCCCUCACUCACGUUCAUUUUAAAAGUCAUAUGCUGUUUUGUUUUUCAGGUGUCCUCACAGAGGGAAAAAAUGACUGCUGGUUCCGUCCUCGUGCCUCAGAUUAUACCGCUUCAGCUUCCUCUUGCCGGGAAGGCGAAACAUGAAAUAGACACAAAUACCCUCGUUGAAAUAAAGUCAGAUACCCCUGAUGUCACCAUAUACUACACUUUAGAUGGAAGUAAACCAGAGCUUUUUAGAAAAUCUGGCUAUGGAGAGCAUAACACUUUUAAGUAUAAGGGACCUAUCACUUUGCCUGAUGGGAAAAUAAUGGUCAGAGCUAUGGCAGUCACAAAGGACUGCAGAGAAAGUGCCAUUGUAACAAAGAUGUUUUUGGUAGAAUACAAGCCACCAAACAUACUGUUCUCUGAUGAAGAUAAUGAUGAGAAUUUCCUGAAGGACCUCUCCAAACAGGAGCUAGAAGAUGGACUACCUAUCACAAAAUCAAAAAAGAAUGGCCUGAAUGUAGAAAGCAGCAAGUCCAGCUGGAAUGGUACAGCCCAGGAGUUUCAAGAUGUGGAGGUAGAGAGAAGAACUGUCCACAAGUCUCCAAAAGGGCCCAGAUUCUUGAACAGUCGGCUGGAAACAGCAAAUUAUAGAGAGGAGUCAGUUUCAGCACCACCAACACAGCAGUCUCAGCUCACUAGUUCUGCAGUGACUAGCAGAAAAAGUUUAACAAGCACCCAGACAAUGAGAAUCCGGAGGGAAACAGACUUCCUCAAGUGUGCACAUUGCUUAGCUCCUCGGCCAUCUGAUCCUUUUGCUCACUUUUGUCAAGAAUGCGGUUCACCUGUCCCACCUGUGCCAGGGCAUCGCCUCCCACCCCCUGAAGGAGCUCAGAUGGGGCCAUGUAUUGAAUGCAGAACGAUGGUGCCGAUGAACAUGCCCUCUUGUAUUGUAUGUGAGGCCCCAAUAGCUCCACAAUUGCAGCCCCAAGCCAGCAUCUGCUUAAAGGGCAAGGUAAUUUGUCGGGUGUGUGGCACAGGAAAUCCUAUUCACAUUAAGCACUGUGUGACCUGUGAAAGCAAGCUGCCUGACUCACAGAUGCCUGUGUUCAAUGGAGAUACACCCCCUCCUUUACCCAUGCAGUUUGGAAAAACAGUAUCCUGCUCAAAGUGUGGUCGUGCUAACCACUGCGAUGCUCGUUUCUGUGACUGGUGUGGAGCCAAGCCAGGUCCUCCUCCUUGCUACUUUGCUUGCUUCAAGUGUGGUGCAAACAACCAUCCAUAUGCUCGAUUCUGUGGAUCUUGUGGUGUUUAUAUUGAACCUGUAUCAAAACCAAGCUCUCAGAAUGGCAUGCUGUUGGGCGCCGGAGACUCCUGCAUAUUUUCUCAGGUUAAAGGGUUACAGACUCAAGCUGCCUGGCAAUCUCUGGCUGUUGCAUUGCCCAAACCCAAACUAGAUUUAUCAGAAAGAAAAGACAAAGGAACCCAGACCAUUGGCCUGUUUUACCCAUCAAGUAAACUCUUGGAAAAGAAGGAACUUGAACUAGUUUCUCAAAAAGAAAAGGAGGAGAAGAUGAGUGAUCAUAAGCCUCUCCUUACAGCCAUCAGUCCUGGAAGAGGUUACUGGAGAAAGCAGCUGGAUCAUAUCUGUGCUCACCUUAGAAGCUAUGCUCAGAACCACCCAGAGUUCAGGGCUUUGGUUGGGGAACCUCGUAUGGGAAAGAUUAUUUCUGCUACAGUCCAUGAGGAUGAUUAUGAAGUCAGUAUCAGAUUAAAUUAUGUUCUCGCCACAAACAAGGGUAUUCUUACAAGCAAACCAAUAAAGUUUGACAAUCAUUAUCUAAGCACUGUGACAGAAGGCAGAGAUGGCCUAUAUGAUAGUCAGCCUAGUUUAGUGAGUGAAGAGGGUCAAAUCUCAAGCCCUAAAGGAAAAGUAAAAAGAACAAAGAAGACAAGAAAAUUUCUAGAAAAAGAAGACAAGCUGCCCCCUGAGGCUAGACAGCUACUGAAAGAAGUGGGCCCAAGUGGUGAGGGAAGAAUUUCUAUGGUAGAACAAUUGCUCGAUGAAGGAGCUGACCCAAACUGCAUAAAUAAUGAAGACCGACCUGUUUUAACAGUGGCUGUCCUAAAUGGGCAUGAUGAAGUGAUCCCAGUUCUUGUGCAGAAAGGUGCAGAUAUUGACCAUCAGUCAGGACCGCAUAGUAACACUGCUCUUCACGAGGCUGUUUCAUUUGGAUUAGAAAGAAGGAAAUGCAUCCAAGUCUUGUUAGGCUGCAAUGCAAGCUUUAAGAAGAAAAAUACAAAAGGACAAUCAGCAUAUGAUCUGGCUGUGAAGACUGGGAAUAAAGAAAUAAUAGCAUUGUUUACAAGUAAACUUGGACAGGGACUGUUAAACAAACUCACCAAACCCAAAAAUAUUACUCUGACUGAUGUUUGACUGCAAUCACCUUGUUGAAGGUAGAGGUGGAAG